GCAGUUUGGUUGCAAAGAUCAUGUCCGAAAUAAUAAUUGUGGUUUUAAAGUGUUUAACAGUAAUAAAAUUUACCACUUAAAAAGCUCUCAUACAACGCACUAACCUGUUUGGGCUCUUUCGUAUUCUUUCGGUGUAACUUCAAUGUGGUAUUCAAAAUUAUUUUCUGCGUCUAUUAUUCUUACCAUCUUGCUUUUUCAGUCAUAUUUAUUUUAUUAACAAAUGUGGUCUGGUUUUAAUAAAGCAAAACACCGUACCGGAAAACAAAACAGAAACAGAAUAGUUCAAAGUAUGGCAGAAGCAGACCAAGCCUCCCAAACGGAACCCAAGGAAAAAGGAGAUGGUCCAGAAUGUGCAGUUUGUCUCCAAUCCUGUGUCCAUCCAGCCCAGCUCCCUUGCGGCCACAUAUUUUGCUAUUUAUGCGUAAAAGGUUUUGCCAAUCAGAACAAAAAGUGCGCCAUGUGUCGACAGGAGAUACCAAGAAACUUUGUUGACCAACCAACCCUUUUAGAAGCCCUUCUGUCUACUGACGAAACAGAAGGCUUCGACGGAGGAUACCAAUGGUUUUACGAAGGAAGAAAUGGUUGGUGGCAGUACGACGAGCGCACCAGCAAAGAAUUGGAAGCGUCUUAUAAAAAUGGAGAUAAAAACAUCGAAUUGCUUAUCGCCGGAUUUCUGUAUAUCGUCGACUUUGAAAAUAUGCUCCAGCUAAGGCGAAACGAUCCUUCCAGAAGGAGGCAGAUUAAAAGGGACGCGGGCACUAUUCAAAAGAAGGGCGUGGCCGGAAUUAGAACGAACCCGCCCUCCACCUCCGGUUUUACCGAAUACAGACAAAACGAAAUCGUUUCUACGGAAACUACGCCCCCCGGAACACCAUCGAAUACCCCCCAAAGCCCAACUAGCGGACGAGAAUCUCCUAACGACGAUUUACGAGCCACAGUCGAAUUGAUUGGAAAUUUAAGGAUUUAGAUCUGAUUUAAAAGAUUAUGAGGUUUAAAGUAGUGAAUGUAUUGGCCCACUACUUUGCAUAUUUUAUUUUAUCUGCUUAAAGGUAUUAUUUUGACUCCACAAUAUGUUUUUGUUUUGUGGUUUAUUUUUUACUUUAUAUUAUUAUAUUUAUUUUUAAGA